AUGACUCGUUUGAAUUCAAGUUUGUGGUGUGUUGUCACAGUCAUUGUUGCUUUGAUGGUUCACAAUGCAUCUUCAUACACUUUUAUGCAUUUAAGUGAUGUACAUUACAGCUCAAUGGUCAAUACAGUAUUAUACAACGAUUCAACUUUAUGUUUAGCAAGUUCAUUAUUCAAGAGUCAAUAUAUUCAAGAUUUAGAGAUCCCAAUUUUCAAUGAUCCAUUAACACAUUCAGGUCUUUAUGGUAGAUAUGGUUGUGAUACCAACUUGGAGUUAUUCAACUCUACAUUGGUUGACAUGUUCAAUAACUAUGAUUUGGGUGAAACUGGUUUCAUCGUCUUUACUGGUGAUUCUGCAGGACAUGCACUUCCAUAUGAUGAUUGGUCAAAUUCAGUGAUCACAUUUUCAAAGGUGAUUUCUGAAACCUAUUCUGGAACAAACACCACUUUUAUUCCAUCGAUUGGUAACAAUGAUGUGUUCCCAGACUACAACUCGUCGUGCAGUGAUGGUAACCUCGAAUUUUUGGCUAGCGUAUGGGACGAAUGGAUUCCAGAGUCUCAAAAGGCAAACUUUUUGAAAAUGGGUUCCUAUGCUGUCUCUCCAGCUCCAGGUUUGACUGUUCUAGCCGUCAACACUGUUCUCUACUCUGUCAAGCAAAAGAAUAUCUUUUCCGGUGAUCCAUGUGGUCAAUUUGCUUGGUUAACCAACGAAUUGGAAAUUGCUGCUGCCAACAAUAAUACAGUUUACAUUAUUGGUCAUAUUUUCCCAGGUUUGGAUCCGUUCUUCCAAAUUGAAACCUGGAAGGAAGAUUAUAUUUUCCAAUUUAUGGAUGUUGUUAAAAAUUAUACAGAUAUUGUAAAGGGAGGAUUUUUCGGACAUAUUCAUAGAGAUGAAUACAGAUCAUAUGAUCUUAGUAUCCCACCAACUCCAGAUACCCAGCACUCUGCUGCUGGUCACAAGGAAGAGGAUGUAUUCUCCAACAGCGAUAUGUUUUUCCCACUUUUCAUUGGGUCUGCCAUCUCCCCACUCUACCAAAACAAUCCAUCCUACAAGGUCUACCAAGCCACCCCAACCUUUAGCAUUUACAACAUUACCACCUACUAUAGCGAUCUCUAUGUAUCCAACUUUAAUGGUUACAUCAAUUGGACUGUUGAAUACAACUUUGCUGAAGAGUACAAAAUCCAAUCUGAAUUUAUUGAUGGUGCUGCUUUGGCUGAUUUGACCACUAGAUUCUUUAUGGACCCAGUCAUGUAUGCCCGUUAUGACGAUCAUCGUGCUGCCAACUUCCUCCCUGAUAUUGUCGAUACUUUAUGUCUCAACUCUCAAUAUUCUGACAAGGCAUGGAGCAACUGUGUCCAAGGUCUUUCUCUUGCAAGCGCUAAAAAAAUGGCCGAAGAACUAUAUCAACAUUAUCCUUUCCAAUCAACUAUUCACAAUAUGUUUUUUGCUAAAUUCGCCAUUUUAAUCAUCAGUGCAUUAUUUGCCUUUUCCGGUGUCAAUGCCAAAGACUGCUCCAAAAGCAAUGGAUACACUACUGGUUACACCUUAUCAUCAUUUAACGCUGUCCCACUUAGUGGUGGACAAUCUGAAUCAUUCUUUGAAGUUGGUGACACUUCAGUUGAUUUCCAUGGUCAACGUAUCAGAGUUGAUUAUGAAAUCUUUUCACAAGGAAAUCCAAUCAUCAAUGGUUCAUUCUGGGGAUUCGGUGGAAAUAUCAACAAGGCUUAUUUCCUCAACCAAGGUGUUUGCACAGUUUCACCACUUGUAACUCCAAUUCCAAGUUCAAUUAUCAAUGGCACUGUUGUUGACAAGACUAAAUUGGGUAGUUUCGAUGUCGAUGUAAUCAAGGUUGAACCAACUCCCUCCUCUGGUCAAACUCUCUUUGCUGACCCAAAGAAAUGUGCUGCUGUAGCUGCCACCAUUUUCAAUGUCGAUUUUACCAACCCAGGAUUUGCCAACAUGUUGUUCUUUGAUUUCGUCGACCAAUACACUGAAUCAUUCUUUGUACUUCCAUCACAAUGUUCGCAAGCCAACGCUCAAUUGGCCUCAUUUGCUGCUCCACACACUCCACACUUCUCUCGUUACCUUCAUUAA